UUGCGCCAUUGUGGAGCUAUGAAGUCUGUGAUGACAAUUUUAUCUCAUAACGGCCUUUUCUCGUCUUGUUGCCCUCUGUACGUUUUGAAAUAGCCUUUUUUUUAAUAAAUCCCUCAAAAUACGUAAAAAUUGUUACGUUUCUGAGAACUUUCAAUUAACGCGAUGCUGUCUUCAACAGGUGCGAUCGCCGGCGCUGGUCAUCGCGUCUAAAAUCAAGACAAUGCUCCCGCAACUCUAAAACGCCGUGACACUUAUCUUCAGCCAACACAUUCGGCACCGCCACCAUGGGUCUGCUCCUUCAGUUGAAACUGCUUCUAUGGAAAAAUUUCACUCUUCGUCGGCGCCAAAAGGUGCGCAUGGUGAUCGAACUCCUCUGGCCAAUGUUUCUAUUUCUGAUCCUGAUGUGGGUACGCAGCCGAGGUCUCAAGUUCAACAUGCACGAAUGUCACUUCGAACCGAAGCCGAUGCUAUCAGCGGGUCCAGUGCAGUUUCUUCGUGGCUUUGUUUGCACAUUCAACAACACAUGCCACGAGCGUGUGCCUCCCGAAACGUCAGCGAUCUACAAAGAGGCCUUGCUGACACGACUGCUGGAUGACGUGGGUGCUGUACUCGAGCUCCGCGUCAACCGGUCGACAGCGCGCAGCGUGCGUCACUUCGCCACCGACCUGGCCUCGCUACGGGAGCUUGGCUUGCGGCUGUGGGCCGGUCAAGCAGAGCUGCGCGGCUCCAUCAGCCUCGGCGAUGUUAUCACCAACAAGACUGCGUACCACGCCUUACUGAAGGAGUUCGGCAUCGGUAACGGCCGCUGGGCACGCACACAGCUUCUAGGAGCGUCCGUACCUCUUGCACAGCUGCCAGAAAUCGUGAAUCGCCUCGGUCUUUUGUUGGCGCUGCCAGGAGCGGACGGACUUCUUUGCGACUCCGGCUUUUUCUCCGACCUUCUGCGGUCCCCGGCUGAGGCCACCACUUCGGCGAUGGUGCGGGAGAUCUGUGCGCUGCCCGUGGCCGAUCAGCAGGCUCUGCUCGGUCGGCUGAUUGCGCUGGUCGAACGGCGUAGGGUGCUGCGUCUGCUGGGCCGCGUAGUGCGUCAGUCCGGCGGCGGCGCACUGCGGCCCGAUGACUGGCUAGCCGUGCUCAGACUCGGUCGCCAGGUGUCUGAAGAUCUGCGGGAACUGGACACGUUCUCCCGGCUCUUGGAGCACGUCUCUGAACUGACGGAAGCCGUCAACCUGGACGAGCCAGAGAGCACGCUGAACGUUACCGGCGAGCCGAUGAACAUCAGCCAGCCGAUGCUGCUCGCGAUGAGGUUCCAGGGCGCUGUGUGUGGCGUGGACUACGCCCGCAUGGCCAUGCCCAGUGGCAGACAACGACGCCUGGCACCCAUCAACGCUAUCAAAGACAAAAUGGACGAGAUGCCAGAACAGGAGUUCUCAAAUGACACAUCCAUUUCGGAUGAGUGUAACGAACUCUUCCACAGUUUGGACAGCAACUGGAUGACAAAGUUCUUCUGGCGGACAGUGAAGCCAUUUGUACGAGGUAAAAUUCUUUUCGCCCCAGAUACACCUGUGACAAAGCGUGUCAUGACGCGCGUGAAUGCUACGUUUGAGCCGGUGCGACAAACACUGAAGUUCAUGGAGGAGUGGCCGGAUCGCUCGUGGUGGUACAGACAGCGUGUGUUAUCCAUAGUGCGGCGACUGGACAGUUUUCAGGCGGUGUGGCGUCAGGCGGAGAGCUGGGGCGCCUUCCAAUCCUUGCCUCUGUUACCUGUGCCUACCAAUAACAAAACUUUGAACUCCCUGACAAAGCGCUUAUCGCUCCUGAUUGGUCCUGGAUCCGAGGAACGCUGGUCACAGCUGUUUGACACAGCAGAUGAAGUGGCAGUGAACGCCAGCGUCUACUUGGCUUGUUUUGAGCUGAACAAGCUCGAAGGUUUGUCGGACGAGCACGCUUUGGUGAGACGAAGCAGUAACCUGACAGCGGAGAACAUGCUCUGGGCCGGUGUCGUGUUCAUGGACAUAGAGCCAGGCGCAGAAACAAUGCCCACCUACGUGCGAUAUAAAAUACGCGUUGACGGCGAUCGUGUUGAUUCAACGAAGCAUAUCAUGGACAGAAUGACACGAAUGGGGCCUAGACAGUGGCCCUACCAAGAUCUGAAGUACAUCACCUAUGGUUUUGCAUACAUGCAGGAUAUUUUAGAGCACAGUAUUGUUGAAGAAUUGACAGGCGAAGAGGUGAAAACUGGAGUGUACCUUCAUCAGAUGCCGUACCCAUGCUUCAUCGAUGAUCAAUUUGUGCUGGCAAUCUCACGGACUUUCCCAUUGUUCAUGGUGCUAGCUUGGGUCUACACCUCAGCAAUGAUUGUCAAGUCUAUUGUGUACGAGAAGGAGCAGCGACUGAAAGAAGUGAUGCGAAUCCUUGGACUGAGUAACGGAGUGCACUGGCUGGGAUGGUUCCUGACCAGUUUCUCCUCAAUGGUUGUCAGCGACGUGCUACUUACCAUCGUCCUCGUGUACGGAAAAGUGCUAGAAAAUUCGGACCCAUUCAUAGUCUUCCUAUUCUUACUGUGCUUCACCAUGGCCACCAUCACGUUAAGCUUUUUGCUGUCUACUCUGUUUUCCAAAGCAAACCUGGCAGCAGCGGCUGGUGGAAUUCUCUACUUUAUCUCCUAUCUGCCAUAUCCAUUCCUCAUCAUUUGGGACGAGCACCUUGAUUACCUGCAUAAGCUGCUAGGAAGCUUACUGUCUAACGUCGCGUUCGGUUUCGGAUGUUCCUACUUUGCACACUACGAAGAGCGUGGAGUUGGCAUCCAGUGGUCGACCAUCGACAAGAGUCCGAUCGUGGGAGACGAGUUCAGCCUCUUGCAGAGUAUGUUCGUGCUGCUGCUCGACAGUUUCCUGUACGGCCUGCUUACCUGGUACAUCGAAGCAGUUUUCCCAGGCCAGUUUGGCAUACCACGGCCGUGGUUCUUCCCAUUCAUGCGAUCCUACUGGUGCGGUGUAGAGCCUCAUACAAUACCUGAUAAAGAAUCCGUGCCACUGACGGACAGCACGGGAAAUGACAAGUUUGAAGCGGAACCGACGAACCUGCCUCUCGGCGUAGCCGUUCAGCAUCUUCGCAAAGUAUACGCAAACGGAAAAGUGGCAGUAGAAGAUAUGUCCCUAAACUUCUACGAAGGUCAGAUCACAUCGUUCCUUGGUCAUAACGGUGCUGGAAAAACGACCACCAUCUCAAUACUGAUCGGUCUGUUUCCACCAACAAAGGGGACUGCCAAAAUAUACAAUUUUGACAUACGCACGGAGAUGGACCAGAUUCGUCAGAGUCUUGGCAUUUGUCCGCAGCACAAUACACUAUUCGAUGAACUAACUGUCGCUGAGCACAUCUGGUUUUACGCGCGUCUCAAGGGUCGUCUACCGGCUGAAGUCGAUGAGGAGAGCGAUCGUAUGAUUGAAGAUCUUGGCCUACCGCAUAAGCGAGACGAGCUGUCCAAAAACCUCUCAGGUGGUAUGCAGAGGAAGCUGUCCAUCGCUGUCGCCUUUGUGGGUGGCUCGCGCACGGUCAUCCUAGACGAGCCCACGUCCGGUGUGGAUCCGUACUCUCGUCGGUCAAUCUGGGAGCUACUCAUGAAGUACAAAUCGGGCCGCACCAUCAUCCUCACCACCCACUUCAUGGACGAGGCAGACAUUCUCGGUGACAGGAUCGCCAUCAUUGCACAAGGUCAACUUCAGUGCUGUGGCUCAAGCCUCUUCCUCAAGAGCAACUUCGGCUCGGGAUACUACCUCACCCUGGCACGUUUCCAGGAGAGUCAGGUGACGCUGCGUAUCAGCUCGGACACUGAGGUCCCGGAUGGGCCCGGUGAACCUGCCGGCGAUCCGUCACGAAGUGUUGAAACCAUGCAAACCACAUCUGCUGAUCGUAACCGACGUGCGAGCGGCCCGGAUCAAGAACAGGUCACUCGCUUCAUUCAGGAGUACGUUCGGCGCGCAUAUCUAUUGGAAAAUUUCGGCACAGAGCUGACAUACGUUCUUCCUAACGACCAGCGCCUUGCCGAGCGGCUGGAGCGUCUUCUGGAAGCGCUCGACGACAACUUGACUCGCCUCGGCAUCACCAGUUACGGUUUGUCAGACACCUCUCUAGAGGAGAUCUUCCUGAGACUGGCCGACGACGGGAGCCGACUGAGUGAGCGCGUGCUCAGUCAGCAGAUCAGCAGCAUCACCGAUGGUGGAAAGUAUCCCACGCGCUUACGCACUGGUGAUCUCCGACGUCACUCGCUGUCGCUGCUCAACACGCCGGCUGGUUCACAGGAGCAAGGGGUUGACACGCGUCGUCACUCCGGCUCUUUUGCGGCACAGACAACCGCCAACUUCUCCGACGAUGAAGCGCCCACGCCAGUUACACCUCCCAAAGUGAGCCCAGCGCCGCCACGAAGCGCGGUUACCGCCAAGCUGGCUGCGAGGGGCGCGGGUUAUACCACCCCGCUGUGGGCUCGCCACGUGUGUGCUCUUCACGUCAAACGAUUCAAUCACUGUCGGCGCAACGUCAAGGGUCUCUUCUGCGAGAUAAUCUUGCCGGCGUUCUUCGUGUGUUUGUCGAUGCUCUUCACUCUGAUCCUGCCUCCCCUGGAAGAGGAGCCGCCCCUGGAACUGUCUCCGUGGGUUUAUGAGCCACCGUUCUAUGUCUUCUUUGCAAACGAUCACAUCGAGUCAUCUCUGGCGCGACGAUAUGAAGAUGAGCUGAUCGGCUUUCCGGGCAUCGGAACGAAAUGUGUUCGAGAGAACGCGACAUGCGGCAAUCCGCCAGCUCGUACGCAGUUCUAUGCAGCAAUAGGAAAACCGGUGCGAACUGCUGAGUGCUCAUGCGCCACUGGAAGUAUGGAGUGUCCGUCAGGCGCCACCGGGCCGGCACCGGCGCAGGCACCCGGGGCGGGAGGCGAGCUGCUAUUGAACGUCACAGAUCGCAAUGUCAGUGAUUGGCUGGUGAAAUCGCGACCCGAGUUCUACAAGACCCGCUGGGGUGGAUUCACGUUUGGGUACAACAACCCGUUCGCAACAGCAAACUUCAGCAGGUACCGAGCAGCAGUGCGAAGGAUUGGAGAGGCAUUGCUGGGUGUUGGAAGAGAUGCACUACUCAAUGUCACCGAUGACCAGCUUAGAAACCAGACAUACGAUAUAUCACUGAAUGAUACAGAUGGGCAAACAGAUAACUUCACCUAUGUGCCGUUUGGUCUAGCAGAUGAUGCCUUUGACAAACUGGAGGACUUUGCCAAAAACUCUGAGAUUCUGGACAACGUGAAGAUAUGGUACAACAACAAGGGCUGGGCCUCGUCCGUUGCUUAUAUGAACGCAUUCAACAACAUGUUGUUGCGGUCUCGCUUCAACUCGUCAGUAAAACGCUGGUACGGCAUCGAAGCCAUCAACCACCCGCUGAACUUCACCCGCGGCCAGCUACGUCGUGAACUCAGCAAGCAGUCCGGAAUCAGCCUCCUGCAUGCCAUCUGCGUCAUCUUUGCGCUGAGCUUCGUGCCAGCAUCGUUCACGCUGUUCCUGAUCGAAGAACGUCAGUGCAAGGCAAAACACUUACAGUUUGUGUCUGGCGUACGGCCAAUAGUGUAUUGGGUGGCUGAGUACAUGUGGGACAUGUUCAACUACUUGAUAUCAGCUGGACUGUGUGUUGCGAUCUUCUUGGCCUUCGGCGAAGAGGCGUACGUUUCUGAGAGAAACCUGCCAGGUCUGUUGCUGUUGCUGGUGCUGUACGGCUGGUCAAGCAUCCCGCUCAUGUAUCCCGCCAGCUUCAUAUUCACUGUGCCUGCGUCAGCGUUCGUCACCCUCGCGUGUGCUAACCUCUUCAUCGGGAUAGUCACCACGAUUGCCACGUUUGUGCUGGAAAUACUCAACGACGAACAGCUGCAGAUGAUCGCAGAGAUAUUAAAGAAAGUGUUCCUGGUUUUCCCACACUACUGUCUAGGCCGCGGUCUGAUGGACAUGGCCGCUAACCAGCUGAGAGCCGACACGCUAGCGGAAUUUGGAUUUUCCGCGAAACGUGACCUUUUCGAGUGGACGUUCUUGGGUCGGAAUCUGUUUUGCAUGCUUAUCCAAGGCGUGCUAGCCUUCCUGCUGACCUUGCUGAUCGAAUACCGUCCCGGCUGCCGGCGCCGACAGCUCAUGCCUAUGGCGCCGAUAUCAACAGACGACAUGGACGUUGAUGUGCAGAGAGAGCGACAACGCGUGCUCAGCGGACGUGCCGACAAGGACAUACUACGCGUGUUUAACCUGACCAAGGUCUACAAGAAGGGACGACUUCCAGCCGUCAACCACCUCUGUCUGGGUGUGCGACGCGGCGAGUGCUUUGGUCUUCUGGGCGUUAACGGUGCCGGCAAGACGUCCACUUUCAAAAUGUUGACUGGCGACACAACAAUCAGCUACGGUGAUGCCUUCAUCUGCGGCCGCAGCGUCAUCGACGACCCGGUGCGUGUGCGUCAGCAGAUCGGCUACUGUCCGCAGUUUGACGCGCUCGACUCGCUCCUCACGGGCCGCGAGCACAUCGAGUUCUACGCCCGACUGCGCGGAGUGCCUGCGGACUGCCUGGCACACGUGGUAGAGACCAACAUCCGCCGGCUGGGUCUGUCGCCGCACGCCGACCGCACUGCCGGGAGUUACUCGGGCGGCAACAAGCGCAAGCUGUCGACGGCCAUUGCGCUGAUCGGCGACCCGCCGCUGGUGUUCCUGGACGAGCCGACCAGCGGCAUGGACCCGGCGGCGCGCCGCCUGCUCUGGACCUGCGUCUCGGACAUGGUGCGCCAGGGCUGCUCGGUGGUGCUCACCUCACACAGCAUGGAGGAGUGCGAGGCGCUCUGCACCCGACUGGCCAUCAUGGUCAACGGCCAGUUCAAGUGUCUGGGCAGCCUGCAGCACCUGAAGAGCCGGUUCGGUGACGGGUACACGGUGACGCUGCGCGCGCACCCGGGUCAGCUGGCGGCCGUGGAGCGCCGUCUCCAGGAGAGUCUGCCGCAGGGCGAGGUGCGCGAGAAGCACCACUCGCAGGUCUCCUACCAGCUGCCGUCCGUGGACCUGCGGCUGGCCGGCGUGUUCCAGCUGCUCGAGGGACUGAGAGCCGAGCGACUCGUCGAGGACUACUCCCUCAACCAGACAACGCUCGACGAGGUGUUUGUCAGGUUCGCCGGCGAGCAGACCGAGAUGCUGGAAGACGAGGUGGCCGGCAGUCGUCUGAGCCUCAACGACCAGUCGACGCGCCGGUUCCGCGGCCCCAAGAAGGUGCGCUUCCCUGCCAAACAAGAGACGCCAGCGCCGGCCGGACCCGUGGGCAACGCCGACGGUCCCACGGCGUCCUCCGAGCUCCUGCCGCCCUCUCCACCGACCGUGGACGUCGGUCAGGUGCGGCUCACAGACAUCACAGCCGUGUAGGAGGGGCCGUGUGUUUGUUAGCGGUAUAGCCGGAGCCGUGAGUUUAGCCCGUGUCGUGAGUUGGGUCGGCUCGCGGACAUCGCAGCUGUGUAAUCAGUGCCGUGAGUCGGGCCAGCUUACAGACAACACAGCCGUGUAGGAGACGCCGUGAGUUGAACAGCUGUGUGGCCGACGCGGGAGAUAAGUCCGUGCCGUGAGUUUGGCCGGCUCACAGUCACCAGACAGCCGUGUAGAGGGCGCCUCGAGUCGCACAUCUGUGUCGCCGGAGUCAUGAGAUUAGCCCCUGCCCCGAGAGUGGCCGGCUCACAGAGUUUACAGCCGUGUAGGAGACGCCGUGAGUUGAACACCUGUGUAGCCGUCGCGGUGAGUCCGACCCGACUCGCGGACCUCACGGCAGUGUAGCAGUGCUGUCGCUAUGAGUGGUGAGCGGCUAUCUCGGACCCGGAGAUAGACGGCGCUACCGAUCACCACCCACGGCUUCCGCCUAAUGCCAAGCGGGUAUACGGUGUCAAUGGGCUUACCUGAUUAUCCAUAGCAGCGUGUGCCGGGCUACAAAGCGAUGUCUAUCGGUCAUUGUCUACCUUGUCUAGCGAUAUCAGUUGACAAGGUCCCUUUUCAGGUAUUUAGGUGUCUAGUUGGCUUAGGCAUGUCUCCGUCGUCUGAAUCUUGGCUGUCAUACAGCGCGCAUUUGGAACGUCUGUAGGUAGUUAGAUAGGGGGGAUAUCCUCUCAAAUUAGUGGCGAACGUCCAGCAUCCAUGUGUGACGAUCAGGCCCUGUGGACCAGACUGCACUAAGAACAAUCGCUCCUGCCAAACCAUGCUUAUGGCGUGUAGCACUUGACUGACCAUAAUGCGAGGCGAGGGCUAUGAGCAACUGGCCGACUGUCAAGACAGUUUGUCCGACAGUCAGUGACGUUUGGCCGUCCGCUACCGCCCUUCUCCCAGCACCAUAUCGAUGGUGCCAGUAUUUUAUUUUCACUGAAUGUUGUCUAGUGGUGAUAAGGAGUUUAAACACGAGGAAAACGUAGAGUAUUGAAGAAGACUUAACUGUAAGAUAACGAAUGUGAGGUGUUGUGCGCAACAUUGUCUAUAUUCAGCAUCGUCUAUGUUAUGUCCGCCAGGCGUCGCUUAUGCCACAGGUUUAGGGUCGGUAGAUGGCGGUAGGGUGAGGAGCAGCACUAAAUGCAUACGCUGCGUUAUCUGUGGUAUUUUAUUCAGUUCAGUAUGUUAGCCGUUAUGUUCAGUUUAUUUUUGUUGUAUCCUCUACGCUACGUACAUGGUGUCUGGAUAGAAAGUCACGAAGAUCUGUUGUGAGCGCAAUGUUAAAUGCCAAAGAUCAAAAUAUAGAUCUGACUCAG